AUGUCUCGUUCGACCAGCAAAGACCAUCCUGCUUCAUCGAUUCCAAAAGCAUGCCCAAGCACGGUAGACUAUCCACCGGGAGCGGUCAAGGGCAGCAGGGCGCUAGCUCAAGCUCCGCAGACGAAACCCUACCGAUAUGCGGUCAUGCAGACAGAGGCACGCGACAGCGUACGACCAGAAGCACACGCUCAAACCCAAACCGAAGCUGGGUGCCUGAUCGGCGAGGCGUGUGCGGGCGUAGCUUCUACACUGGCUCCGAGUGAUGCACCGCGCGCAAAGAUUGCGUGCAUUUUUCGCGAUGGGGAAACGCUCGAACGGGUCAAUGUCACCGGUCCCCGGCGUGCGGUAGGGUUCGGCGAAAGCGGACCAGGCGCAGACGUUCGCUCGCUACCGGUGGGUCACGCUGGGUCGACAAGCCUGCGGGAGGAACCGAAAAGCAGCCACUGCACGAUCAGCGAGGACUCACCGAGAUGCAAAGCACACUGCGGCGAAGAGGUUUACUCGUGCGAGGGGUCAGAGUCGGAUGGAAGAUCUCAUGGCAGUGUUGCUGGCGGGGGUGUCGAGGGGGAACAAGCAUGGGGUCGCCGGUAUCAAAGCAAUGUGGGCGCGUCUCAACGACAGGAGGACGAAGUUUCAUCCGCCGCUGGGGCGUCUGUGGGUGUUCACGAGAACCCUGGUUUAGGAGAGAGCGCCGGAAGGGCCGAAGGAAUGCUCUCCUGCAGUGAACAGCCAGGGGUAAGCAGGAGCUCACGAUGCACUAGCGAAGGCUGUGACAACAUUGGCAACGUCGAGACCUAUCUUGAGGACGGCGUUGCGCUACCAGCUCAAGCCAUACGGAGUACUGUCCCGGAUGGCCCACCCGUGGGAUAUGGGCGCAAGGUCAACGGCUAUCCGGCGGCAUGGGGAUGGAAAACGGACAGCGCUGUAGCACGCCGGAGCUCAUCUUGGCCGUCCUUGGGACAAGGCGGCGGCUCGGUGCUGCUGCCAUCAGCUUUGACGCGCGCGCUCAAACCGAACCCCGUCCUCGAUCCUACCAUCGAGGUACAGCAGAUGUCACCGAGUACAGUACCUGGAGAAGCCGCUGUCGACGGUAGCAAGCGGGAGGGAGCGGGACAGGCCGAAUCACCGGCUCGUGCGGAAGUAGCAGACGACAGCAAGCCGGAGGGAGUGGAGCAGGCCGAUACAGCAACUCUUGUGACAGAAGUGAACCACGCAGCUCAGACGGAGCCGUUGUUACCUCCCCUCUCGCUCCGCCACCGUGAAAUGUCUCGUUCGACCAGGGAAGACCAUCCUGCUUCAUCGAUUCCAAAAGCAUGCCCAAGCACGGUAGACUGUCUACCGGGAGCGGUCGAGGGCGAUAAGGCGCUAGCUCAAGCUCCGCAGACUCCGCAGAAGAAAUGCUACCCAUGUGGAGGAACAGAGACAGAGGCACGCGACAGCGUACGACCAGAAGCACACGCUCAAACCCAAACCGAAGCUGGGUGCCUGAUCGGCGAGGCCUGCGUGGACAUAGCUUCCGCACCGGUUCCAAGGGCUGCUUCGCUGCCAGAGAGCACUCACAUUGUUCAAGAUGGGGAAGCACUCGAACGGGUCAAACAUACCCGUCCUGGCAUUCACGGUUUGGUAUCGUUCGGCGAAAGCGGACCAGGCGCAGACGUUCGCUCGCUACCGGUGGGUCACGCUGGGUCGACAAGCCUGCGGGAGGAACCGAAAAGCAGCCGCUGCACGAUCAGCGAGGACUCACCGAGAUGCAAAGCACACUGCGGCGAAGAGGUUUACUCGUGCGAGGGGUCAGAGUCGGAUGGAAGAUCUCAUGGCAGUGUUGCUGGCGGGGGUGUCGAGGGGGAACAAGCAUGGGGUCGCCGGUAUCAAAGCAAUGUGGGCGCGUCUCAACGACAGGAGGACGAAGUUUCAUCCGCCGCUGGGGCGUCUGUGGGUGUUCACGAGAACCCUGGUUUAGGAGAGAGCGCCGGAAGGGCCGAAGGAAUGCUCUCCUGCAGUGAACAGCCAGGGGUAAGCAGGAGCUCACGAUGCACCAGCGAAGGCUGUGACAACAUUGGCAACGUCGAGACCUAUCUUGAGGACGGCGUUGCGCUACCAGCUCAAGCCAUACGGAGUACUGUCCCGGAUGGCCCACCCGUGGGAUAUGGGCGCAAGGUCAACGGCUAUCCGGCGGCAUGGGGAUGGAAAACGGACAGCGCUGUAGCACGCCGGAGCUCAUCUUGGCCGUCCUUGGGACAAGGCGGCGGCUCGGUGCUGCUGCCAUCAGCUUUGACGCGCGCGCUCAAACCGAACCCCGUCCUCGAUCCUACCAUCGAGGUACAGCAGAUGUCACCGAGUACAGUACCUGGAGAAGCCGCUGUCGACGGUAGCAAGCGGGAGGGAGCGGGACAGGCCGAAUCACCGGCUCGUGCGGAAGUAGCAGACGACAGCAAGCCGGAGGGAGUGGAGCAGGCCGAUACAGCAACUCUUGUGACAGAAGUGAACCACGCAGCUCAGACGGAGGCCGAUACAGCAACUCUUGUGACAGAAGUGAACCACCCAGCUCAGACGGAGCAUCUUGAGCGGAAGCUAUACAGCGCAAAGUGCACGGUCGCAGCCUUCAAGAUCGCGUUCUUACUGGCAAGGAGCAAGCCGUUUGACCUGUGCAAUGACACCUGCGGCGGGCUAUGUCAGAUUGCUGCACUCUCAGAGGGCACCCCGCAAGUGGCGCUAGCAUUCUUAAGGUGGAGGACUCGGGGUUGUACCGGGGAGAGUCGCGGACGUGAGGCCACCAAGACAUCCGAUUGUGCGGCUCAGACCGCACCAGAAGAAGCACGAGCUUCGUCUCACGAUUCGAUCGACCUUCAGACAGGACUUUCGUCUGAAGAUUCCAAAGAGUUCCCGAAAUCGGCCGCGGCGGCGCGGACGUCAUCGCCUCGUCAUGGGGCCGGCAGCCCCGGCAAGGAAAAUGGGCUCGUAGAACAAGCUCCAGCCAAGAAGACCAUUGAACGAGGGACGGGCGAUGAAGAUACGGAGCAAGCUAGGUUCCACGACAUGCCACCGCUGCCCAAGGAAAGCCGCCAUCCUCUUUACCCACCGAUGCCACCGAUGCCGCUCGCGCCUGCACCAUUGCUUUCCGGGGUCGGACCGAAAAAGAGCAGAACGUCGGUUGACGGCCGCACGGCGCCCCAAGCUUUCCCCCACGCUGCCCCGGAACCGUUGCUAAUCUACACGGCGACUCGAGACUCACCGCCUCUCUUGCCCAUUCACGAGGACAGCAACGACAAAGGAGAGAGGCAACAAGCUGGUGGUAGUUUCAGUAGGGGCACGGCGAGCGAGGUCCAAGAUCGAGAUCACGGGCCUGCAGCAAACCAACCUGGCGGUGAUUGGGCACAAACAGCACCUGCUCCGCUUUCCUCUGAAGGACGAGAAAACACUGUCUCACUUACAUGCAAGGAGAAGGCCCGAGAUCAAACGACGAGCCCUUGGAGAGAGACAGCUUCUGCUGUUAAAGCGGUAGCUUCCACCGUGCCGACAGCUGAAGGAGGAGAAUCGCAACGACUACCGAGUCCUAAGUCGGCGUUUCACAACGACCAUUCGGUCGGAGGUUCGCCGGCGCAAACAAGCACGCAGGCGCCAGAGUCGAAGGAAAAGCGUGAAACAACGUUCACCACCCCUGACAAGGGAGAACCGGAUACAGCUUUCUCUGUUACGAUGGUCAACGCAACCGAUAAGAAGCUGGUAGACGAAGAAGAUCUCGAGGAUGGUGAAACGGCACCCGGGGCGGAGCGGAAAGGCAGCGAGAGGCACGGAAUGCAGCGCCACACAUCGUACAUCGCGAUCGAGACGACACACGCCGAGGCCAUAGGUCGAGCUUCGCUUUACAAAAGGGGAGACGCUCCACGAAAAGGAAUGGGACACACGAAGGACACCGAGCUUGGGCGGAAAGAGGAGCAAAACCACCACGAAUCGCGGGCCGCCGUCGAGAACGGAAAAGAGAAAGACACGGGUUCCUCGUAUCGCAGGGAUUGCGCCGUGCUGGCAGGGACGGCGAAGAUAGUGUUUGCGCUGAUGGCGGUGGAACACCGAAGAGUAUCGUGCCGGUUUUACCGCUGGAAACGAACGCGUAGUAGUCCAUCCUACCGACAACGGCGGAAGUAUCGGAACAGUGGCAAUAGGCCGAGCGAAUAA